CCCGGACACCCAAAUCCUACUUCUUCUUCUACCUGAUUAUAAACCAAAGAAGUCGCUCUAUUUCCCUCUCUUCAUAUCAUAUUCAUAGUCCACACUACAGAAGAACAACUACUACACUCUCGUAUCUCUCUCUAGAAAAUGGCGAAAACAGUUCUUAUACUCUGUGGAGAUUACAUGGAAGACUACGAGGUGAUGGUUCCAUUUCAAGCAUUGUUGGCUUACGGGAUUUCAGUGGAUGCUGUAUGUCCUGGAAAGAAAGCUGGUGAUACUUGUCGAACUGCCGUUCAUCAGCUUUCUGGUCAUCAGACUUACUCAGAGUCACGGGGCCACAAUUUCACCCUCAAUGCCACGUUUAGUGAAAUCGAAGCAAGCAAAUACGAUGGAUUGGUUAUCCCUGGAGGGCGAGCCCCGGAAUAUCUCGCCAUGGAUGAAUCCGUUCUAGCCUUAGUAAAAAAUUUCUCUGAUUCGGGAAAGCCAAUUGCCUCUGUUUGCCAUGGGCAACUGAUCUUGGCAGCUGCAGGUGUUGGUAAAGGAAAGAGGUGCACAGCAUUUCCCACUGUGAAGCCCACACUACUUUCUGUAGGUUGUCACUGGGUUGAACCACAGACAAUGUCAGCAUGUGUUGCAGAUGGUAAUCUUAUAACUGCAGCAACAUAUAUAGGACAUCCCGAGUUUAUCCAGAUUUUCGUUAAGGCUCUAGGAGGAGCUGUGUCUGGUUCAGAUAAGCGGAUUUUGUUUCUUUGUGGGGAUUAUAUGGAAGAUUACGAGGUUAUGGUACCAUUCCAGGCGCUACAAGCUCUUGGAUGCCAUGUUGAUGCAGUUUGCCCAAAAAAGAAAUCAGGUGAUAUCUGCCCAACAGCUAUCCAUGACUUUGAAGGUGAUCAAACAUACAGCGAGAAGCCAGGUCAUGAUUUCAACCUGACAGAAACCUUUGAAGGUUUAAAUUAUUCGAGCUACGAUGCACUUGUUAUACCUGGAGGCCGAGCACCAGAGUACCUUGCAUUGGAUGAAAAAGUGCUAGUCUUGGUGAAGCACUUUAUGGAGGCAGAAAAACCUGUAGCAUCUAUCUGCCAUGGACAACAAAUUCUAUCAGCUGCAGAUGUUCUCAAGGGGAGGAAAUGCACGGCAUAUCCUGCAGUAAAGCUUAAUGUAGUUUUGGCAGGAGCAACGUGGUUGGCACCCGACCCAAUAGACCGCUGCUUCACUGAUGGGAAUUUGGUGACUGGAGCAGCUUGGCCUGGUCAUCCUCAGUUCAUUUCCCAGUUGAUGACAUUGCUCGGUAUCAAAGUAUCUUUCUAAAUGCUGAUAUGAAAUACAUCAAAUCUGACAUCCUCUCAUCCUCCUCUAUGUUUGUAUUCUAUCUGCAGAUCAACCCCUAGACAAUUCACCACUUAUCUAUAUGUACCUCUUCUCAAAUAAGAAUAAUGUUCUUCGUUGUUUGUUCACUAGUGAAUAAUAAUGUGUUCUAGGAGUGAUGCCUAGAUUGGAUUUACUCUCCCAAACUUUUCCACUUUGGGAUCCCAAGUUAAUAAUAAUAACUUGCUUUAAAAAUGCUUUUUAC